UGCAAAUUCACUCACACACUCUCUCUCCCCCUUUCGGGACAGCGGCUUUCUCCAUACUUGGCUAUAUAUACAGGAAACAACUGAGACUCAGAGACUGAAUCUCUGUGGAGGCUCCACAAUGGGUUUCACCUUCUUGUCUGUCUUCUUUCUUCUGCUCACAACAGCCUCCCCUCUCAGAGAUUACCCCAAGGAUCUCUGCUUGUCUGCUGCCCAAGGCCGCGGACGUUCCUCCAACGGCACCGGCAUCCGCCUCCCUCUGCACCACGUGAACGGGCCAUGUUCGCCGGUGAACUACCCGCCGGUGAGGUUCGAGGACACCGUCAGGCAGGACGAAGCCCGUGUCCGGUACCUCCUCUCCAGACUGAGCGGGACGCGCAGCUUCCCCCAGCCGGACGCCUUCGGCGUGCCGGUCGAGUCCGGCGGCAAGGUGGGCACCGGCAACUUCGUGGUGGGCGUCGGCCUGGGCACCCCUGCGAAGGACUACGUCAUGAUCGCCGACACCGGCAGCACCUUCACGUGGCUCCAGUGCCAGCCUUGCACACAGUACUGUCACGCUCAAGCGGGUCCCGUCUACGACCCCUCCUCUUCCUCUACCUACGCAUCCGUAUCUUGCGGUGACGACGCGUGCACCGGCCUCCAAGAAGCUACGCUCAACCCUUCCGGCUGCUCCUCCCAAAACAAGUGCGAAUACGAGGCCAGCUACGGCGACCGGUCGCUUUCCAUCGGCUUCGUCAGUAGAGAUACGCUCUCCGUCGGUUCUGAGUCGCUGCCCGGCUUCUUAUACGGCUGCGGCCAGCUGAAUCAGGGCCUCUUCGGGCAGACUGCCGGAAUUAUCGGCCUCAGCCGCGACAAGUACUCACUGUUUGCGCAGCUCGGCUCAAAAUACGGCAACGUGUUCUCGUACUGCCUUCCUACGCCUUCCUCUACCGGCACGCUCUCCUUCGGUGCGGGUGUGGAUGACCAGUCUGCGUAUCAAUUCACUCCCAUGCGCUCCAGCUCCAGAGAUCAGUCUCUGUAUUUCCUACAACUGACCGGUAUAAGCGUCGCCGGGGAGUCGCUGCCGGUAUCUACGGCGGAGUAUACGCGCCAGCCUACGCUGAUCGAUUCGGGUACCGUCAUCACGCGCUUGCCGGACACCGUGUAUGCGGCGCUGAGAGAUGCGUUUGUGAAGCAGACCGCCGGCUACCCGAAGGCCCAAGCUUUCUCUUUGCUGGACACAUGCCUGCAGGCCAAGGCCAAGGACGUGGCGGUGCCGGAGGUGGUGAUGCACUUCGAGGGCGGUUCGGAGCUGAAGCUGGAGGCGUGGAACGUGCUGAUGGACGUGGGGGACGGCCAGUCGUGCUUGGCCUUCGCCGGAACCUCCAUGAGCGAAGGGGUGGCGAUUAUCGGCAACCGCCAGCAGCAGAAGACGACGGUUGUCUAUGACGUCUCUAACUCCAGGAUCGGCUUCGCUAAUGGCGGGUGCAGCUAAGAACCGCGCUGCAUCCGGAAGCGAAUUAGAAGGAAGGAUUUGUGUGGGUAAUGAACUAGUAGUAGGAAGAUCUGGUAAGGGAAGACGAUCAAAAUGUAGGUCUUGAUCGAUGGUAGUGCCAGAUGAACGCUUCCAUGUACACACACAUAACUUUUCAAAUAAUUGAUAAGUACAGUUUGUAUUGA